AUGGCAGCCCCUGUCAAAAACCUCGUGCCAGCCCCCAGCAUCACGGGGGCUGACUUCCAAAAGGCUUCCCAUUUUAGGACAUCCUUUGACCGCUGGCCACCUGGACGGGUGGAUCAGUCCGUGUACAAGGUUGAUUACCCCCCGUACUGGGGGAAUUUCCAGCGAGAGUCUAUUCCGCUCCCCCUCUCCAAAGGGGUUAUACACAAGGACUUCUUCACACCGAAGGAAACGGGGACAGAGACGCAGGUGGCCUUCUCCGAGAGACCCCACCAGCCCAAGAUCAAAAUGAUCCGGCCACAAAUGCACGCGCUCAUGCACACUGAUCCCAGGAUCAGCAUCAUCACCUCCACGGCCCGGGAUAGCUAUCCCGGGCUGGAGGUAGCGGGGCGGAGGCCGCUCACCCACAAACCGCAGAAUGAGCAGUGGAACCGCAACCUGUUCUGUGAGAAUGAGAGACAAUUCCCUCGGCAGCCUUCGCUGUCCUGCUCCUCCUACGUAGACCAUGGGAUGCAGCCAGUUGCGAGAGCCCCAUGCGUGCACCUGGGAGGACAUUCCCCGAUCACAGGGGAUGGGCGCUCCCACUACCAAACCACACACCAUGCAGACUUCCAGGGGGAAUGGGUCCCCCCUGUGCAGCCCUGUGAGAAGAUUAAAUCAGCCGUGGUGCUUGGCAGCCCCAGGAUCACUGGGAAUAACACAGAGCAGCAUGACGCCUACACCGCCCCAGCCGCAGGGAGCUACAGCAUCUAUGACAAGGACCAGGCAGUGGAAACGAUCCACAAGACCACCAUGCAGGCAGGGGAUGACCGCAGACGAUUUGCGACCACCACCGCAGCGUCGUUCCCCCUGCGAGAGCUAGUGCCCAUAUCCCGGGAGUACAAGAGCCAGCUGGUGUCGUCAUUCCCCCGCGGUGACCGGGACCCCAAGAGGAGCCAGGAGCGGGCCAGCACCACGACGUACCGGACCUACUACACAGAGUUUGACCAGGACGAGCGUCCCCCACGCCCCGCUCCGCCCCAGUGGAGAGGCUGGAGCUUUGUGCCCUUUGGGGAUGACAAGCUGAGCUCGGCAUUUUACAGCACCUUGUACCAGGAGGAGUUUCCUCCACGGCCACCUGCCCGGGCGGUGCCAUGUAACGGCAAGGACCAGUUGAAGAGCCACCUGCCAUUGAACCAACCCGAAGCCAAGCUCCCUCCUCCCCGGGAUGGGCUGGGCAUUGUGCUGCCACCAGGGCCAACUCUGGGGAGCAGUCAGGUGGUGCGAGCGCGCCAGCCAACGGUGCGGCCCACGGAGGAGUCGCUGCAGCGGGUGAGAGACUCCCACCUGGUCCCGCCCUUGGGGGAGCAGCGGCAGUUCCAGCCGGAGCAGCCGGAGCAAUACUACAACAAAUACAGCGGCCCCGCCGUCCUCUACGGGCGCGACUGGCUGGUCAGCAGCGUCCCGCUGGGCACCAUACCAAGGACCCGGACCAGCGACUGGGGGCCCAAGAAACAACAGCGCAGGAGCUGUUGA